GCUCUGCUUGCCAGCCCCACUCCCUGCCUGAGACCCGCUGAAGUCACCUACCACGAGACCCCAACCAGCAGAAACAGGCCAGCAAGGGACCUGCCAUGGAAGGUACCGAUGCCUCCAGGAGCAAUGGGGCCAGCCCCGAAGCCAGGGACGCUCGCAGCCCAUCGGGUCCCAAUGGCAGCCUGGAGAAUGGCACUAAAGCAGACACCAAAGAUACCAAGACAACCAACGGGCACAGUGGGGAGGUGACAGAGGGCAAAACCCUGGGCAGUGCCCUGAAGUCAGGGGAGGGGAAGAGUGCGCUGUUUUCCAGCAAUGAGUGGCGCAGGCCCAUCAUCCAAUUUGUGGAGUCAGUGGAUGACAAAGGCUCCAACUACUUCAGCAUGGACUCUGCGGAAGGCAGGAGGUCUCCUUAUGCGGGGCUCCAGUUGGGGGCUUCCAAGAAGCCGCCUGUGACCUUUGCUGAGAAGGGGGAGCUUCGAAAGUCCAUCUUCUCUGAGCCCCGCAAACCCACGGUGACCAUCGUAGAGCCCGGAGAAGUCCGCAGGAAUAGCUACCCCAGGGCUGACUCCAGCCUCCUGCUGAGGUCCAAGUCUGGCUCUGAGGAGGUGCUGUGCGACUCCUGCAUAGGCAACAAGCAGAAGGCCGUUAAGUCCUGUCUGGUGUGCCAGGCUUCCUUCUGUGAGCUGCACCUGAAGCCCCAUCUGGAGGGUGCCGCCUUCCGUGACCACCAGCUGCUCGAGCCCAUCCGGGACUUCGAGGCCCGAAAGUGCCCCUUGCAUGGCAAGACCAUGGAGCUCUUCUGUCAGACCGACCAGACCUGCAUCUGCUACCUCUGCAUGUUCCAGGAGCACAAGAACCACAGCACUGUGACCGUGGAGGAGGCCAAGGCUGAGAAGGAGACCGAGCUGUCGCUGCAGAAGGAGCAGCUGCAGCUGAAAAUCAUUGAGAUUGAAGAUGAGGCUGAGAAAUGGCAGAAGGAGAAGGACCGGAUCAAGAGCUUCACCACCAAUGAGAAGGCUAUCCUGGAGCAGAACUUCAGGGACCUGGUGAGGGACCUGGAGAAGCAGAAGGAGGAAGUAAGAGCUGCACUGGAGCAGCGGGAGCAGGAUGCUGUGGACCAAGUGAAAGUGAUCGUGGAUGCCUUGGAUGAGAGGGCCAAGGUGCUGCACGAGGACAAGCAGACCCGGGAGCAGCUGCACAGUAUCAGUGACUCAGUGCUGUUUCUGCAGGAAUUUGGUGCAUUGAUGAGCAAUUACUCCCUCCCCCCACCUCUGCCCACCUACCAUGUCCUGCUGGAGGGAGAGGGCCUGGGGCAGUCACUUGGCAACUUCAAGGAUGACCUGCUCAAUGUGUGCAUGCGCCAUGUUGAGAAGAUGUGCAAGGCUGAUUUGAGCCGCAACUUCAUUGAGAGGAAUCAUAUGGAGAAUGGUGGCGACCAUCGUUACAUGAACAGCUACACCAGCAGCUACGGGAAUGAGUGGAGCACGCCUGACACCAUGAAGAGAUACUCCAUGUACCUCACGCCCAAGGGUGGGGGCCGGACAGCUUACCAGCCAUCAUCGCCCAGCCGUCUCUCCAAAGAGACCAACCAGAAGAAUUUCAGCAAUCUGUAUGGCACAAAAGGCAACUAUACCUCCAGGGUCUGGGAGUACUCGUCCACUGUUCAGAACUCUGAGGACCUGCCCACUGUGCCAGGCAACUCCUCCUUCUCGCUGAAAGCAGGCACUGGGAAAGCCCCCUAUCAGUUCACAACCUUGGGACAGGCCACUGCAGAGUUUUCCAAGCCACUGGACCGCAGUGGGCUGUUUAAAAACAAUCCUGGCUAUCCCUCCAUCCUCCGGAGCCAGGCUCCCAAGGCCCAGCCUCAAACUUGGAAAUCUGGCAAGCAGACUUUGCUGUCUCACUACCGGCCAUUCUAUGUCAACAAAGGCAGCGGGAUCGGGUCCAACGAGGCCCCCUGAGUUCAGCGAAGAGCCCCACAACCCCGUUCUCCUGUUGCUCCUGCUUUCCCAGCUGCUGCAUUCUUGCAGGGCUGGAGCCCAGCCCUGCUCUGCCCUCCCACAGCCUCUGACAGCCCCCUCCCCUGGGCACGCUGGCUUCCUUCGCUCCCCUAUGGGUUCCUUUUCUGCUUGGUGAUGUAGAGUCACUGUGACUUCUGUGUGAGGCCAAGUUACCUGCCACAGGGUGAGAGACAGUUGGGCUUCUUUCUUGUGACCCUCUCCCAAAGCUGGUCAACAGGUCCACAUGGUGCCUCUGUUUUCCCCCUGCCCAGGCUCUCCCAUGUCCAGUUAAGGCAACCUCUCUGUGCCUAUAGCCCUGGGGCUCAUGCUUCA